CGGGGUGGAAAAUAGGGGGGGUUUCUAAACCGCUAGGUAGGUAGUAUAGUUUCGGGUCGCGCUGGAUCCGAAACCAGACAGCUGCGAUCCCUGUGCCCGGCCCUGCCGCCUCCCACAUGGCCCUGUCCUCAGUUAAGUCCCGCUCUCAGACACAAUCGACGUUUGCAUCCAUUCUAUUGUUUCUUCCAUGAGUUCUGCAACUUCUUCCUUUCCUCUCUUCUUUCUAGGCUUGGAAUCUGUGUUAUCCACCCCCUCAUUUCUCGUGUGUAUAAGUAAUUAUUGCCAUUGCAGGCGAUAUCGAACGGCAUCAAGCCCCUCCACGGUAUCAGGUUGAACCUGAACCUCGAUCUGUCCCGCAACAAAGCCUACCCCGCUGCCGCAGCCCUAUAUCUUCUGAAGACAACGUUUGGCAUCGCGCCUAGCCAUCCCCUUGCCUACCGAACAACGUCCACGACCCUACUGCUACCUGGUGGUCCGCAUCGCCAUGGUAUCGUCAAUCGUCAUCCUCAUUGGCGCUGUGGUCGCAUACAGCGUCUACGCUAACGUCACCGGCCUCCGGCGCAACAUAGUCGAGGCCAAGAAGGUCGGGCUGCCAUACGUCAUAACUCCUGCGUCGCCCUUCGCGAUAGUAUGGCAGCUCACCCAUAAGUUCUGGGUCCCCAUCAUCAAGACCUUUCCCAGAUCUUGGUGGGAAAACUGGCUCGAGCUCCUCAUAGCGGACUGGGCCUACCAAAAACGACACGGCCCCUUUGAGCGCAUCGGCGAGACGUUCAUGAUCGUAUCGCCCUUUCAGAUCCUCAUCGUGACAAGCAGCGCCGAAGCUAUCCACCAGAUCACGCAGCAGCGCGAGAAAUUCCCCAAGCUGGUCCAGACAUACGCGAUCUUGAAACAGUUUGGUGAUAAUGUCCUGACCACCGAGGGUGCCGUGUGGCGUAUGCACCGAAAGGUCACGUCCGCUACAUUCAACGAGAAGAACGCCGCUCUCGUCUUCGUCGAAUCUAUCAACCAGGCGCAGGGCAUGGUGCAAAAGUGGCUCGGUCCGGACGGGAAGAGUAGGCAGACGGUCAAGACGCUGGAUCACGAUACAAUGCGCCUCGCGCUCAACAUCAUCGGCUACGUCGGAUUCGGCAUGCGCUUGGUUUGGCCGGGACAGGCGCUGCCUGAAGGCACGGAUCCGAAACUACAGAAGUACAGCUCGCUCGAGGCCGCGCCCGGCCACACGAUGAGCUUUGUCGACGCCAUUGCCGAGAUGUUGGAACACAUACUGGUUCUGUUGCUGGUGCCACACAAGCUCCUGAAAAUGCUGCCCUUUGACUACACAAAGAAGGCGAUAAAGUCGCACGAUAAUUACGUGCAAUACAUUGACGAGUUGAUGCAGGACAAGAUCGAUGACCUGCAGAACGGCGGAGAGGGAGACGCCGGCAUGGACCUCAUGGGCCAGCUCGUCAAGUCCAAGUACGGCAAUGAGGCGACCGACGGCGGUGUCAGCAGGGCUGUGUUCAAGGACAAGGAAUCCAAGAUACCGCAGCUGUCCAAGUCGGAGAUCGCGGGCAAUGCUUUCAUCAUGCUCGUCGCUGGACAUGAGACGACAGCGAAUGCGAUGCACUUUGGGCUAAUUGAGAUCGCCUGCAAUCCGGCUGUGCAGAGGCAGCUGCAGAAGGACAUUGACGGGAUAUUUGGCGAUAGCGACCCGAGUACGUGGAAUUACGAUAGCACGGUGAACCCGAUGCUUGCGUCGAUGCUGGGGGCCUGUAUGAACGAGACGCUUCGAUUGACGCCGGCCGUGGUCGAAAUUCCCAAGGAAGUGCACCCCGAAGGCGACGGCAUCAUCUCGCUAGAAGGCGAGAAGUACGCCCUGCCCAAGGGGGCGCACAUCUCCAUCGUGGGCGUGGCGGCGCACCACAACCCGCGUAAUUGGCCGUCAAAGCCGAGCAAGAUCACAGGCGCGGAACACGACCUCGACGACUACGUGCCGGAGCGGUGGUACCGCGCCAGCAUCAAGGCGGCGCAGACCGAGGACAAGGAUGGCGACACGGAGGACUACGGCGGGUACAAGGGCUCGGAUACGAGCGAGAAGAUGUUCCGGCCGGUGCGGGGCUCGUACGUCCCCUUCUCGGAUGGCCCGCGGUCGUGCCUCGGGCGGCGCAUCGCUCAGGUCGAGAUCAUCGCCGCGCUGGCGGUCAUUUUCCAGCGGUACAGCCUCGAGCUGGCAGUGGACGAGUGGUCGUCGGAUGCCGAGGUUGAUGCCAUGAGCCGGGAGGAAAAGCAGAAGCUGUACAAGAAGGCACAGGACAGGUGUCGGGAGACGCUUAAGAAGGCAACCACAGUGCUGACGCUGAAGCUGCCGCAAGGGAUGAGCGUUCCGGUUCGGAUUGUCCCAAGGGGCGAGGAAAGGUUCGUCAACUUUGUUGACUCUGCUUAGACUGUUGUAUUGGUCGGUCAGAGUUGGGUUGGCGCGAUGCUUCAAGUGUACAAGUAGUAUGAAGGUAGGGUGGAUAUAUGGGAAUAAUCAGCCUGAAGAGGGUGGUCUGACGGGCUUUAGUAUUUUCCUUCACAGGACUGAAUAUAGAACAGUCAUCAAGAUGAAGGCCUAAUUAACCAUAGUCGAGACAAGUCGGUGCAAUCACGUGACGGCACAGUUGACCAGACGGUCGACCGUGUGUUUUGGUUGUCCCAAC